AAGUAUCGAUACGAAGUCGAUAAAAACAGAGCUGAUAGCAAACAUGGCGUCGUCGCCAAUUUCUGGCUGAUUUUUUUUGUUAUUAAACGAAUGCAGAAAAUGUUGCAAUAAAUUGUGUGAAAUGUGAAAUAUGUUUAGUGCAAUCAAAGAGCGCGCAUUGUAGCAACAAGCACCACAGCAAAAGCAGGCUUCAGAGAUGGCUGCGGCUGCUGCAGCAGUGCCAGCUGCAAACACAACAACAGCGACAACAACACCUGCAAAUGCACCUGCAAUCGCAGCGAACGCCAGCGCGGCGCAGUUUCGUGAAAUACAUAAGAAUACGUGGUUGAAAAGACUGACGGCCGAUGGCAAAAAGUUAACCGUGGGUCCCAAGAAAUCGGAAUGCAGCUGGGUGGUAUUCUGUGUGCACGAUGACACCGAAGCCCUGCUGGAGGGCUAUGCGGAACCACGACAGGCGGCUGCUCAUAUGCCUGAGUGGGCCGUAUCACUGCGGGAUACGCUGCACAUAUCACACGCCCUCAUACCCAAUUCGCAUGAAUUUGAAUUUGUUGUAACGCUCAGCAAUGAAGUGUUGCGCUUUCAUGCCGUUUCAUGGGAGAUUAUGCAAGAAUGGGUGGAAACGCUGCGAGCUAAGCUGCGCGAAAUGAAAAUUCUAUCGCCGCGUGAAAACCUAUACACAAAGUUACCUGAAGUGCGAGCCCCAUUGCUGCCCACACGUGAUCCAACAUCGCCGUUGCCGGCACCACCGCCCGUACCAGCAGCCAUAGUGCCAGGUGUAGAGCGUAUUCCGGCUCAUCAGCAUCAACAAACAACAGUUGGCAACGAACAGAUAUCUAGAGCGCCAGCACCAGUCAUAGAAGUUGCCCCAGCACCCGUAGUAGCCGUAACAGCACCUGCAGCAGCGCCACAACCAGCUAUGUCCAAUACUUUAACACAACAUUUGCUGAAUAUGCUCUCGGAUCCUAUUAGCACGUACAGCGAACAAAUUAGCGAAACAGCAUCCACAGCAGCUGCUCUUGAUGAAGAAGAGGGGGAGCAGCAGCAGCAGGCAACUACAGCCGAACCCCCAAGCGAAGACAGCGCCGAUUCAAAUCUGUUCGAAGAUGAGAUUUUAACGCCCAUACUACGUAAUGGUGUGCGAGUCGAUGUUGCAGCUGCGUCUGCACAGCGCAUAUCAGCGGAUCAAAUCUUAAAUUUUGAACAAAUGCAAUGCGAACGCCUAAUACCAAGACCUCAAACGUCACGUUCCAUGUCAGCGGGUGCCGCUGACAAAACCAAGAGACCGCAACGCCAAUCACCGCAGCCUAAACUCCAAGCUUCAGCCACAAACUCAACUGCCGCCCAGGAGAAUGGAGAUAACAAUGUUACGAUUAUACAGGUGUCCAAUACUACAAAUACAACAACUACAACUACGACUCCGACUACGAACGAGACGCAAGCGCCGGAACUGCCUCCCAAAAACAAAAUCAUUGCGGAUAUUUUUCGUUUUCCUGAAAUCAAUUUGAAAGCCAAAACGAAGUCGCAGCCAAAAAGCGAUUACAAGAGCAACGUACAAAUAAUUCCGUCCAAUUCGAAUACAAUACAAGUGCUCAACCAGGCGAGCAGCAGCAGCAGCAGCAGCAGUAGCAGUAGCAAUCCCUACACCAUACCAUUAAAACCGAAUGCUUCCAAUGCGCCAACUUCAAAUGCUUCCACGGCAACAAAUGCCAAUACCACAAAGGUGCAGGUACUGGCCGAUGGCGAGGCAACCACGGUGGCAGUAUAUGGCACCUGCUACCCGACAACAGCCAGCAGUGGUGCGAGCAAACCACUCACUCCGAAGAUGAGCAAGAAGAUCAUACUAAGUGCCAACAGUUCGGGCAUCACGAACAUACGCAUUAACAAUGAACAGGCUCAGGACUUAAAUGUAAUUAGUGGCAAUGUGCAUUACGAGAAGGUGUUUCUCUCGUCAAGCAUACCCAUUAGUAGCAACAGCAGCAGCAGCAGUAGUCCAACGGCUGUGCGCGCCACGAGUAGUCAAGGCCAGGCUGCCACACAAACUCCAAGCAACGGGGUGGUCAAUGUGGAGUCGACACCCGUUAAUGGCAGUCCCGCUUUACCACGUCGCGGCGUAGCUAUUGCCUCGCCCACGCCAAGCAACGGCCAUGCACGGCCACAGUUGACGCGCGGACUAACUGAGCUGGUCAUUAGUACGCGACCCAGUCGACGUGAUUUCCAUUAUCUGAAGCUGCUCAAUACUCCCCUCAAGACGAAGGGAACGCCGAAAACCUCGAGCACCAGCAAUGCCAACAAUAAUGUUGAACAAAUUGCUGCCAACACGUCCAACUCCAGCGCCAGCAAUGCGACAAGGGAUGCAGCCAGCAAUAUUUCCGCCAGCUCCAAUACGGACAGCAUAGAGCAGCGCAGGCGCAGCUCAUCCACAUCGGAUGCUCAAGCGCCACUGCAACGUGGUGCCACAGUCGCUGCAACAACACAGCAGAACAGUCAGCGUGGCGCCAACAACAAUGAGUUUGUGCCAGGACGCAGUGCACCAGCGACAGCUUUUCGCAUACAAUCUUCACCGCAGGCCGCGGCCAGCCAGUCCAACAGCAGCAAUAAGCGACUCACAUUGCGGGAACAGCAGGUUAUGCAGCUGCGGCGUGAGAUCAUGCAUCCGGGUGGCGUACGACUAAAUCUACGGCGCAAAGAUUGUGUUGGCUCCAUUGCCUGGGUGGAUGCUUUCGGUGGCGUCUGGAUUGCGGGUUGGAAGCAAAAGGAACACCCUGUGCUCUAUAACGCCCUUCACAUUGGCGAUCAGCUGCUCUCCAUUGCGGGCGUCAGCAUCAGCAGCGCCGCCGAGGCAAAUAAAAUAAUACGCAAUACCAACACGUUAUUUGUUGAAGUGCUGCUGCGUCGCAUACCUUUUGGUCGUGCGUAUGCCAUACGUCGGGAUCGGGACGGACAGUGCUUGGGACUUAUACGUGAUGGCAAUACCUCAACGAUUGUGGAUGUGGUGCCAAACAGUCUGGCGGCACGGCAUGGAUUGCCACCCAAGACCCAAUCAUGUGAUGGCAGCACGUUGACCUUUUGGAUACUCACAGAAAUUAACGGUCGACCGUUAAAUCUGUUUUUCAAGGAUUUGGAAAUACGCGAUCGCCUCAAUUCAGUGGGCAGGGAUAUAUCGAUAUUGGUGCAACCGUCGGAUUUGAUAACCAAAUUGAAAAAGCAACUAAAAUCGUUGCGCGGCUACAAGGAUUAUUUAGUACAGUAAAAUGUCGGCUACAGCCUCACUUUAAAAGUGGUCGGCUUUUUAAUAAGUACACAAAUACAUAUACAUACAUAUAUAGGAAGAUAUAUAGCAAUGUAGUAACUCAAAACUGUUAUACUAUGUUAUACGUGUAUAUUUUUGUAUAACACUGGGCCAGAUAACCAUUCCAAUAAUCACAUAAAACAAAAUGCAUGUUUACUUAAACAAACGAAAUGCUAUAUAGUCAUCUUUUAUAUGUAGUAACUUUAUACAUGCGAGCAUUAACGGAAAAACAUAUAUAAAUAUAUAUUUUUGCAAAUUUUAUAUAAGUAGUUUAUAUAGAAAACUAUAUAAUGCUCUCACUUUGAGAAUAUGCACAACAAAAUUGUUCGAAUAUUAUAGAAACAAAAUUAUGAAAUUUUACAAAAAAAAAAAAAACAAAAAGAA